GCGGGAGGCGAGGGAGGCGAGGGGCGCCGCGGAGGAACCGAGCCCGCCGAGCCGGGCGCUCUAUUUCAGCGGGCGCAGGGAGCAGCUGCGCCUCCGGGCCGACCUGGAGCUGCCGCGGGACACGUUCACGCUGCAAGUGUGGCUGCGAGCCGAAGGGGGCCAGAAGUCUCCCGCCGUGAUCACAGGGCUGUAUGACAAAUGUUCUUAUACCUCGCGUGACCGAGGAUGGGUCGUGGGCAUUCACACCGUCAGUGACCAAGGCAACAGAGACCCACGCUACUUUUUCUCCUUGAAGACAGACCGGGCCCGGCAAGUGACCACCAUCAAUGCCCACCGCAGCUACCUCCCAGGCCAAUGGGUAUACCUAGCUGCCACUUAUGAUGGGCGUCUGAUGAAACUGUAUGUGAAUGGUGCCCAGGUGGCCACCUCUGGGGAGCAAGUAGGUGGCAUAUUCAGCCCGCUGACCCAGAAGUGUAAAGUUCUUAUGUUGGGGGGCAGUGCUCUGAAUCACAACUACCGGGGCUACAUCGAGCACUUCUACCUAUGGAAGGUGGCCAGGACUCAUCGGGAGAUACUGUUGGACAUGGAAACCCACGGCCUGCACACCCCUCUACCUCAGCUCCUCCUGCAGGAGAACUGGGACAACGUGAAGCGCAUGUGGUCCCCCAUGAAGGAUGGCAACAGCCCCCGGGUGGAAUUGAGCAAUGCCCAUAGCUUCCUGCUAGACACGAAUCUGGAGCCCCCACUGUGUGGCCAGACCCUGUGUGAUAACAAAGAAGUCAUCGCCAGCUACAACCAGCUCCCCAGUUUCCGCCGACAGAAAGUAGUGCGCUACCGUGUGGUCAACCUGUAUGAUGAUAACCAUGAGAACCCAACUGUGAGCCACCAGCAGGUGGACUUUCAGCACAAGCACCUGGCUGAGGCUUUCAGGCACUACAACAUCUCGUGGGAGCUGGAGGUGCUGGAGUUGAACAACUCCUCCCUGCGCCAACGCCUCAUUCUGGCCAAUUGUGACAUCAGUAAAAUUGGGGAUGAGAACUGCGAUCCUGAGUGCAACCACACACUGACCGGCCAUGAUGGUGGGGACUGCCGCCAUCUGCGUCACCCUUCCACUGGGAAGCUUCAGAAUGGAGUGUGUGACAUGGACUGCAAUUAUGAACGUUUCAACUUUGAUGGCGGAGAGUGCUGUGACCCCGAAAUCACUGAUGUCACUAAGACAUGCUUUGAUCCCGACUCUCCACACAGAGUGAAACUGGAGCACAGGAACCUAAGUCAUUUACUCAGUGUGGCCCACACAUCAAGCAGGAAGGCUGGAAUCAGAGCCUACUUGGAUGUUAAUGAGCUUAAGAAUAUUCUUAGAUUGGAUGGAUCGACACACCUCAAUAUAUUCUUUGCAAACUCCUCAGAAGAAGAGUUGGCAGGAGUAGCAACCUGGCCAUGGGACAAGGAAGCCCUAAUGCACUUAGGUGGGAUUGUCUUGAACCCAUCUUUCUAUGGCACUUAUGGGCACACUCACACCAUGAUUCAUGAGAUUGGGCACAGUCUGGGGCUCUACCACAUCUUCCGAGGCAUCUCAGAAAUCCAGUCCUGCAGUGACCCCUGCAUGGAGACCGAGCCCUCCUUUGAGACCGGAGAUCUCUGCAAUGACACCAACCCAGCUCCUAAACACAAGUUUUGCGGCGAUCCAGGACCAGGGAAUGACACCUGUGGCUUUCAUAGCUUCUUCAACACUCCCUACAACAACUUCAUGAGCUAUGCAGAUGACGAAUGUACAGACUCCUUCACGCCCAAUCAAGUCGCCAGAAUGCACUGUUACUUGGACCUGGUCUACCAAGGCUGGCAGCCCUCCAAGAAGCCGGCGCCUGUCGCACUUGCCCCCCAGGUUGUGGGCCACACAAUGGACUCCGUGACGCUGGAGUGGUUCCCGCCCAUCGAUGGUCACUUCUUUGAAAGAGAAUUGGGAUCAGCAUGUGACCUUUGCCUGGAAGGGAGGAUCCUGGUGCAGUAUGCUUUCAAAGCCUCCUCCCCAAUGCCCUGUGGCCCAUCUGGACACUGGAGCCCUCGGGAAGCAGAAGGUCACCCAGAUGUUGAACAGCCCUGUAAGUCCAGUGUCCGCACCUGGAGCCCAAAUUCAGCUGUCAAUCCACACACGGUCCCUCCAGCCUGCCCUGAGCCUCAGGGCUGCUACCUUGAGCUGGAAUUCCAGUACCCUUUGGUCCCUGAGUCUCUGACCAUCUGGGUGACGUUUGUCUCUACCGACUGGGACUCUAGUGGAGCUGUCAAUGACAUCAAACUCUUGACUGUCAACGGAAUGAACAUUUCCCUGGGCCCUCAGAAUGUCUUCUGUGACAUACCACUGACCAUCAGACUUCAGGAUGUGAGAGAAGAGAUUUAUGGCAUCCAGAUCUAUACAUUGGAUGAACACCUGGAGAUUGAUGCCGCUAUGUUGACCUCCAUUGCAGACACCCCUCUCUGCCUAGAGUGUAAACCUCUGCAGUAUAAGGUGGUUCGAGACCCUCCUCUCCAGGCGGAUAUGGUUUCCCUUCUGUACCUCAAUAGAAGAUUCAUGGACACGGACCUAAAACUUGGCAGUGUGUACCAGUACCGGGUUAUCACCAUUUCAGGAACUGAAGAAAGUGAGGCAUCACCUGCUGCCAUAUACAUCCAUGGAGGCGGAUACUGUGGUGAUGGCAUUAUCCAGAAAGGCCAAGGGGAGGAAUGUGAUGACAUGAACAAGAUCAAUGGUGAUGGCUGCUCCCUUUUCUGCCAACAAGAAGUUUCCUUCAACUGCAUUGAUGAACCCAGCCGGUGCUAUUUCCAUGAUGGAGAUGGGGUAUGUGAAGAGUUUGAACAAAAGACUAGCAUUAAAGAUUGUGGUGUCUAUACACCUCAAGGAUUCCUGGAUCAGUGGGCAUCCAAUGCUUCUGUGUCUCAUCAAGACCAGCAGUGCCCAGGCUGGGUCAUCAUUGGGCAGCCAGCAGCAUCCCAGGUCUGUCGAACCAAGGUGAUUGAUCUCAGUGAAGGCAUCUCCCAGCACGCCUGGUACCCUUGCACCUUCAGCUAUCCAUACUCCCAGCUGGCUCAGACCACUUUCUGGCUCCAGGCAUAUUUCUCUCAGCCCAUGGUUGCUGCAGCUGUCAUUGUCCACCUGGUGACUGAUGGGACAUAUUAUGGGGACCAAAAGCAAGAGACUAUCAGCGUGCAGCUGCUUGACACCAAAGAUCAGAGCCACGACCUAGGCUUCCAUGUCCUGAGCUGCAGGAACAAUCCCCUGAUUAUCCCUGUGGUCCAUGACCUCAGCCAGCCCUUCUACCACAGCCUGGCGGUACGUGUGAGCUUCAGUUCGCCGCUGGUUGCCAUCUCGGGGGUGGCCCUGCGCUCCUUCGACAACUUUGACCCUGUCACCCUGAGCAGCUGCCAGAGAGGAGAGACCUACAGCCCUGCGGAACAGAGCUGUGUGCACUUUGCCUGCAAGGCCUCCGACUGCCCAGAGCUGGCCGUGGAGAAUGCUUCUCUCAAUUGUUCCAGCAGCGACCGCUACCAUGGUGCCCAAUGCACUGUCAGCUGCCAGACUGGCUACGUGCUCCAGAUACAGCGGGAUGAUGAGCUGAUCAAAAGCCAGAUUGGACCCAAUGUCAUAGUGACCUGCACAGAAGGCAAGUGGAACAAGCAGGUGGCGUGUGAGCCAGUGGACUGCGGUGUCCCCGAUCACCACCAUGUCUAUGCCGCCGCCUUCUCCUGUCUGGAGGGCACCACCUUUGGCAGCAAAUGUUCCUUUCAGUGCCGUCACCCUGCACAGCUGAAAGGCAACAACAGCUUUCUGACCUGUAUGGAAGAUGGGCUGUGGUCCUUUCCAGAAGCCUUGUGUGAGCUCAUGUGUCUCGCCCCAGACCCAGUACCGAACGCAGACCUGCAAACAGCCCGCUGCCUUGAGAACAAACACAAGGUGGGAUCCUUCUGCAAGUACAAGUGCAAACCCGGAUACCACGUGCCUGGAUCCUCUCGGAAGUCAAAGAAACGGGCCUUCAAGACUCAGUGUACCCAGGAUGGCAGCUGGCAGGAGGUAGCUUGUGUUCCUGUGACCUGUGACCCACCUCCACCCAAAUUCCACGGGCUUUAUCAGUGCACCAAUGGCUUCCAGUUCAACAGCGAGUGUAGGAUCAAGUGUGAGGACAGCGACACCUCCCAGGGACGAGGAAGCAACAUCAUCCACUGCCGGAAAGAUGGCACCUGGAGCGGCUCCUUCCACAUCUGCCAGGAGAUGCAAGGCCAGUGCUCAGCCCCAAACCAGCUGAACAGCAACCUUAAACUACAGUGCCCCGACGGCUACGCCAUAGGGUCAGAGUGCGCCACCUCGUGCCUGGACCACAACAGCGAGUCCAUCAUCCUGCCAACAAAUGUGACAGUGCGUGACAUCCCUCACUGGCUGAACCCGACACGAGUGCAGAGAGUUGUCUGCACAGCUGGUCUCAAGUGGUAUCCUCAUCCUGCUCUGAUCCACUGUGUCAAAGGCUGCGAGCCCUUCAUGGGAGACAAUUACUGUGAUGCCAUCAACAAUCGAGCCUUCUGCAACUAUGACGGUGGGGAUUGCUGUACCUCCACGGUGAAGACCAAAAAGGUCACCCCUUUCCCUAUGUCUUGUGACCUACAAGGUGACUGUGCUUGUCGGGACCCUGAGGCCCAAGAACAUAGCCGGAAAGAUCUCCGCGGAUACAACCAUGGAUAAGGAAAGACAAGGAGUUGUCAAAGAAUUCCCAGCACCAGGACCCGCAUCCCUUUGGUAUUGAUUUCACAGUCUGCUGCUCAAUGGAAUGGCCUCUCCACACCAGGGAUCCUUAGCACCCAACCGGUCUGCCUUUAAUUUCACCCAGGAAGGACUCACAGUAGGGAGAAUGAACCAAAUCUCAUCAUGUUGGAUGAUGGAAUGGAAUCCCAUCCCAAAGUCUGAGAUGGAUUGCAUAGCUAGCAUGCAGUCCUAGAGCCUCCUAAAAUUCUAAACAUUUGUCACACAACCACAGUAAAAACGUGCUCUUCAGAGCAUGCACAUCUGUGGUUAGUACACAUGCAUGCCUACACUUCCAUACAAAAGCAUCUGUGUGAGGGCAGUUCUGAAGACAGAGUAGAGAAAGACUGGAACAAACUCAAUCUUUCCUUUCUGAAGUGCGUAGCCAAUACUAUCCUUGGGAGCUAAAGAGUUAUAGGAACUGCUAGGGCCAAGUAAUGAGAUACCAAGAUUGCUCACACCCUGAGGCUCAGAACAUGUAGACCAUGCACAAUUGUGUAGUUCUUUGGGACUGGAAGUGAAACGGUCUAUGGUCACUAACCUUCAAGGGGACUAGGGCCCAGGAAGAGGUAAAGAUUCCAAGGUAUGCAAAGUCCCCCAGUUCUCCUGCUGCCAUAGGGAUUUUACCCCAAACCCAGGGUUCGAGAUCAAGCUGGAAAUGGCCUAGGACUGCAAGGUUAAGGUAUUAUACCAGCCUCCUGCUUGAGACUUGAGGUCACAGUAUCCCUCCAGAUCCCACCCAUUCCCCAGAUCUUGCCUUGGGACCACAUUUGCUGCUACUUUUCCUGCUGCUCUAUCUUACACAUUGAGUACCCUAAGAUGACAGAACUAGGUUAGGAGAAACCCCACACAACUAAACAGUCUGCCUUAAAAGUGACCCACAUUUCCCAUAGUUCCUUACUUCUGAGCCCUUCUGCAGGAGGAAAAUCCUCAUAAGCUCACAUGAUGGGAAAUAAAGUCUCCCAUGAGUGGAUUUCUCAUCCUGGAAGGAAAGUAAGGGACCUCAAAUGCUGAAACCCUUCCUGAGAGUCCAGAGUGUCUAAGCCAGUGUUAGAUUUCAUAACCAAGUGGAACAGUGUUAAACUUCUGGGAUGUUGGAGCCAUCCAGAGACCGUUGGAAUUGUCUGGACUCUUGGGUUAUUAUUCUUAUCCUAGUCUUUUUAGCCCUCCAGGCCAGAGGAGGCUUUGGUUCUGAGAACCUGACUGUUGUUUUGCAUAGAUGCAAUUCUGGAAUAGAGAAUCAUCUUGAAUGUUAUUGAUGUGGACUGUGUUCUGGAGGGCCAUCAAAGAGACCCCUAAGGUUUCAAAGACCUGGCAUCCAACAAAGUCAUCACAUUUUCCAUAUCGGUUUUCGGCCACCAUUACUCCUUCCAUACCUGUGGCUGGACAACUCUUCCCUAUCUCAAAGUUCAGCCUUCAGAAGUUAAGAGGAAAUUAGUCAAUUGCACAUGGAAUCCCCCAUCUCUUUCAGGGCCCCUUUGCCCAUUCCAGGCAAGAACCUGCCCACUCCCUUUCAAUUAAUAUGGAAAGAGAUUAAUACAGGAUGAGGUGGAGACAGUGGUUAAAUUUGACAUAUUUUGUGAAACCUGGAACUAGGCAGUAAGGACAUGAGAGGCUCUAAACUAAUUAUGUCACAUAAAGAUUACUGUAAAUCAAGUGAUCUCAAGUCUUGCACAGACAACCAACACAAGCAAAGUCCAGAACAGAAAGGUAAAAUGCCAGGCACAUGUGCAGCCCAGCCUAAUUUCUGUAUCUGAAGCAGGCAUUGUUAAUCCAUUUUGGCUGUUUUUCCUAAUGGGACCAAAAAUAACUUCAGAAGCUCUCUGAUUUUAUCACUCCCAACAGUAAUUACCUGCUGCUCGAGAACAUUUGAAGAGGCAUCUACUGGACAUCUGUGGUCCAUUACAUUAAGAAAUACAUAAAGGUGCUUUUCGCACAGGUGCCCACCUGUAAGGACGCAGUGCUCAGUGUUUAGUUUACAUGGCUUUCCCCCAUUACAAAUGCUCAGAUUGAGUUCCUGAAUGGAGAAGCUGCUGCCAUUGUGAAGGCCAGGUUCAUAUCCUUGGUUUCCUCUUAUAAAACAAUAUCACAUUUAUAUACAGGGCAUUUAUUUCUGUAAUCACCCAGGCCAAUCCUUAUAAAAAAAUAAUAAUAAGAAGAAUAUUACUAGAAGAAUUGGCCUUAGUUUGUGCCCAUCUCCAGUAUCUUAGCAUUUUUGUCAACUCUUAAGACCCAACUCUUGCCCUAGCCUAGUUUUUGUAGUGUAGCUUGUAGUGGUGGUUCAGAAGGUACAAGCUGAGAAAGGAAACAGGGUCAGCCCUUCUGGUGGCUCACUUACACCCAUACGUAAUACAAAGAGCUCAGAAGACCCAAAGGUGACAUUGCUAAUGUCAAGACUGCGGGAACCACAGAAAAUCUUCCCUAGCUUCCUUUAAACCAAUACUCAUCUAGCUCUACCCUCACUACCCCUACACUUUUUAGAAGAGCAAAAGUUCUAAAGGCUGAUUUCCAUUUUUAGGUUCACAGUUUGAAGUGAGCCAUUCUAGAUAAAGACCCGCCCAUUCUCCUCCUUACUAUCAUCCAAACUGGUUUCUGACAAAUUAAUACUUGCCAAGGGUAUUACAUAGGUGAAAGAGGCCACUUAAUUGGGGGCCAGCCUUCAUGGAGAAGGGUCAGCUCUAGCCAUACAAAGCACUGUUUCCCAGUUUGAUAUCCAUUGAAUCAUCUGUUUAGGACAAUGGCGUACUCACAAGGGGGUUACUCUGAAGCACUGUGUGUAUCGGCAGCUAGGGGGCCUAGAACACUCGGGAGUUCUGCAUCUGAAGAAGCACUAUCUGAUCAGCUCCAUGAGAAAAAGGAUGAAAUGGAUGUGUCUCUAAGCUUCAUCUUGGGAAGCCUUUCCAAGCCAUGACUUUAACUGCCUGCCCAGAAUACUUGCAUUACACCCAGAUUCUGUGCCAAAAAACCUUGUAAAGGCAUACUGUGCUUGAGAAAUCAGUUUGAGUAAGUGACUGGGGUGUGAAGGAAGGGAGAGAUUCAUGGUCAUCAAUAGCAGGCCUUCGGAGACAGAGGGUAUCAGCUGCUACUCUUGGCUUUGGCACAUUGGGUCAUUGCCUAGACAGUUCUCUUGGUCUUGUUCCUACUUUGGCCGAUGCUUAAAUGUUACUUGUUGAAAAUAAUUAUUUGGGACAAUUUUCAGCUACCUCCCUUCCAGGUUUGAUUUAACUUGGUUGUAACUGUCAAUUUGUUAUAGGUCUUACCUGUGUUUAAAAAAAUAAUAGAAAGAAAGAAGGAAGGAAGGAAGGCAGGAAAGAAAGAAAGAAAGGGAAAAAGAGAAAAGGAAAGAGAGAAAACGGAAAUCAUAAGGUCAAGCUAACAGUUUUGACAUUUGUGUGGGUUUUUUCUUUAUUUUUUUCUGGAGCUACUUCAAAUGAGAAAAGAAACAGAAGAAACUGAUGGUGACAAAACUGUACAGAUAGAAACUAAUAGAAGACAAUAAGACAAAAAGAAAUUAAAAUGCAUGAUCAAAACCCUAUUUUUAUGUUUCCUAAAGGAAAAUUGUUUAUUCUACAGACUGAGUAGGUAGAUACAGCAUAAAUAUUUCCCUAGAAGACAUAGAGUGGGAUUUUAUAAUGCCCCGUCUGUUAUUUUCCAUACAUUGUGGUAGGUCCAGGAAAUAUGGCAUCUCCCCCUCUGAUAUGUUGCUGUUGCAGGGGGUGCAUUUUGUUCAUUGGUUCGGUGGCAGUCGGUGACAUUAGCGAGUAGGGAGGGCUCGAUAAUUGGUUUUACCAAAUGUUCAAAGGACAUAUUGCAUCAUUGUGCUUUUAAGUUACGAGAUGUCUAUCUUUGCUGGUAUAGCACUGGGCUUUAUAAAGACUGCACUCAGACUACACUGCACAGUCCAAUUUCCCAAAAAGCUGCUACAUGACCAGACAGGUAGUUUCAGUGUGUUUUAAGAAACAAAGCUAACCAACAAAUAUAUAUAUAUAUUAAAUAGCAAAUGAGCAAAAUGCCUGUUCUUGUAAUUUUUCAAGUUUUGCCAAAUUACUACCUUUUUUUUUUUUGCUUUUUGAGAGAAAUAUAUAAUAACUAAGAGAGGAAUUAUAGUCAGCAUAAAGAACCUAGAAUUCUUGACUCCCAGCAGCAGUUCAGUCAGUGAUCUUGAACAAGUCAUCAAAUUGCCUCUACAUUUGCCUCAGUUUCUCUAGCUGCAAAAUGGGGAUCAAACUACUUACCUACCUCACAGUGGGAGGGCAGAGGAUUGUGAGGCUUUGAGGUUUGAAUGGGCUGUGGCAUUCCGUGAGAGUCAAGGCUUAAGGUAAAGUCCGCAGGCUACUUUCCAAGAACACGCAGGCCCAUUAGCCUUUUGAGAAAGAUGGGGAGUACUUGUCUGAUAUUUCAAGACAUAAAGCUGGGACUCCUGGAUCAGAAUCCACCUUAAGAGAGUGUAUUGGGUGACACUGAACUUCUUGGGUAAAUUUUAGUUUCUUUUCUUAUUCUGGCCUUCACCAGUUCAAUGAUUUUUGAUUAAAAGCCAAUUACUUCCUCCAGUGUAAAAGUCAGUUUACUGUUGUUUAUUCAAGACUUCCAGGCCAUUUCCAACUUACAGAGGAAAGGAGUCUCAAACAUCUCUUCUUCAGUAGACUCCUCCCUCCUCAGAGUUAAAAAUCCACAUCGAGUGUUCCAUUAAAAGAAGAUAUGGCAUUCUGAGUAGAAAUAUCUCGGGGCUUCUUAAACUACACACCAGCAGUCAGUGAGGAGAAUUUUGAACAAUUAUUGAGUUGCUUUCUUGGGUCUCUAUAAUCAAUAACCUGUCUGCAGAUAUCUAUCUAUAUAAAGAUAUUAUAUAUAAAUAUAAAUUUACAUAUAUAUGCACAUGUAUAUAUAGUUGUACAUAUAUGUGUGUAUAUAUAUA